GAAUUUUGAAUUUGACCUGGUGCUGCGUGCUGACCUCGCCUUGUUGGGUUGUAAGGACAGUAAAUAUGCACGUAAAUGGAUGCAUGGGCAGCAAUCUUUCGGACGUCUUCCCUUCACUUCCUUUCCAAGACUCAAUGAAUAACUCUGUCAAUGGUUCAGUCUUGAAUAUAAACGGACCAAACGUAAACAACAUUGAUACUAUGUCUCGACUCAAGUUUCUUGGCUUAAAUUUGGGGAAUAAUAAUCAGAAUGGAAAUAGUAACACCCUUUGUAAUGAAGAUCGCUCACGCACCAAUUUGAUUAUCAACUACCUUCCUCAGAGCUACGACCAAAACGAUCUCCAGCGUCUUUUUGAGCGAGUGGGACCUAUUAGGCAGUGUAAGCUUAUUAGAGACAAGAACACGGGCGCUAGUUUGUGUUAUGGGUUCGUAGAUUUCGUGAACCCUCAGCACGCAGCUUUAGCAAUACAAACCUAUCAUGGCUAUGAGACGGAGCAGAAACGACUGCGUGUGGCGUACGCCAGUUCAGGUGGUCGUCGGUUCACACCAGGACAUCGUCUCCAAACAUUUUCCAAUGGAACUAAUUUCCCAGGUUCACUAAACUCUGAAGUCACAAAUGAAAAUAUAAUUGGAUGGGAGAUUAUAGUAACUGGGAUACCUGUAGAGUGGACUGAACCGGAUUUACUCCGUCUCUUUUCUAAUUUCGGGGCCGUUGUGGUUAUUAGAUUAUUAGCUCCUCAAUUUCCCGAUUCACCACCAGGUCAAAAGCCUCGUCUCAGUCCCGCUUUGAAUGGAGCUUCAAGUGAUAUGAGUUCAGAAUCAGCAGACACCAAGUUCACUUCAAGUGCAUCUGUCAUUUUCCAGGAGAAAAAUAAUGCUGAACUUUCUGUUUUGCGCUUGAAUGGUUAUCAGGCCCCGGAAUGGACCACACCGCUUAGAUUGCGUUUAAUUGGUUCAGUAACAAGAGAAACUUAUGGACUGUUUUACUUUUCUUCGCGUCAGUCACCACUCCCGCUUAAUCGUACAACUAACAACAACAGUAACGCCGAUCCGUUGACCGAAUCGAAUAUACUCACAAAUGUGCUGAAUAGACGGACGCUGAACACACUAGGCUGCGCUGUGCACGGAAAUUCACAAAGUCAGUAUAUGGCAGAAACAAAAAACUCUGAAGUCACUCUAAACGUAGCAGUGGAAUCUAGCAGUUCCCUCCAGUUACCGUCAAACCCACCGUUUGGCAUCCCUCCUCGACCAAUCAUGCGAAACAAAAUCACUGAUCACAACCUAACAUCGAUCUUCAACCGCGACGUCCUCUCACAAACCAGUUCGUUAGAUGUCUUGGAUUUCCUUGACGGUCACCAUAAUGCAAACUCACCAGGUUUGGUUGCUGGGGUUGAUCGCUGUUCAUCCAGAGAAAUCUCGAUAAUUAACACGCUAAACUCCCAACGAACUGUCGACAAUGACCAGCCGAAACUGGAACAGUCUCUCAGGAACUUGACGAAUACAACGAGUCAUUCUCCAUGGCUGUUUUCCCAACAGCGGUCUGUACUUAACCCACUUCCGGAAACUGGACGUUCUGACGAAAUAAACCCGAGUGCGUUGACAGCUGGAGUAUGCAGGCGUUUGUCUGUUAAAAGUCCUUUGAUACCAAGUCCUGUCUUGUCGAGUUUAUUAACACAGCGGGGUUGUCAGAUGAACAUAUGGCUCAAACUAGAAAAUAUUCAACCGACUGGAUCAUUCAAAAUUCGUGGUGUUGAAAAUGUGGUUCGCAAGUGGGCAGCCGCGGGAGUGACUCAUAUUGUCUGUCCAACUACUGGGAAUGCAGGCAUAGCCGUAUCUUUUGCAGCUCACACUUACAGAAUAAACUGUACAUUAGUAGUUCCUGAGGCUCUUGAGCAAACUAUUAGACGGCGCCUAUCAUUAGAGGCGCAGGAAGCCAAGAUCGUUAUUGGUGGCACCAGUUUCUUGGAGGCCCAUCACCGCGCUGAACAAUUAGUAAACGACCUACAAUCCGGACAUAAUGAUCCCACUGUCCGACUUCUUCAUCCUUAUGAUCAGCCUGAACUAUGGGAAGGAUACGAAACUAUUGUCGACGAAGUCACUCCAGAAAUCGGUCAACCAGAUGCUAUAGUUGUCGCCGUUGGUGGUGGAGGGUUGCUUGCAGGCGUCAUACAAGUGAGUGUCGUCACAUUUUGAAACUUCUUCCAUCUAAAAUUUGGUAUCCCAUGUACAGCUUAAUACUCCGAGGGUUAGCAAUACUACCUAAAUCAAAGUGAAUAUAGGUGCCUUGAAUGUAUGGUCCAUUGGCUGUAAACCAAAUCAUCUAUCUUCCUGUCUCCUACAAAAAUGUUUGUAUAUAUCUGUAACAUUUUUCAUGUUAUUUUUACUCACGAUGUUAACCCAGUUCUAUAAUGCUGAUACAGCAAAAAUUUGUAAAUUCAGGCUUCACAUUCAUAGUCAGUACAUUUAACAACGAACUUCAUAAUUCAAAUACGCUGGACAACUAAAAUAUCUUAAUAUAUUUUUAAGGUGAUGCCUUUUUAUAAACCUUUUAUCCCACAAAUAAGUUUUAUCCAGGGCUUAUUCUCCGAAGAUUUUCAUGAGGUAUUUCUACAUGUUUAGGGUCUGUGGAAUAGAGGAUGGUCUUCAACCCAUAUCGUAACUGUGGAAACAGAGGGGGCAGAUUGCUUAAACCGUUCAUUGAAAUCUGGUCAGUUAGCAGUUAUCCCACGAAGCUCAACGAUUGCAACUUCUCUCAGCGCCCCAGUCUUGGCACAGCGUGCUUGGAGUUUGGCUCAAUGCCAUUCGAUUAGUGCAGUGACCUGUACUGACGGAGAGGCAGUUGAUGGAGUUAAACGUUUUUUGGAUGACCAUGGAAUGCUUGUUGAUCCAGCUUGUGGAGCAGCACUUUCGACUAUAUAUUCAGGCUACCUAUCACGCCUACAACUAGAGGGUCGCCUACCUCGUCCCUCCAAUGUUCUGAUAAUUAUCGGCGGUGGACGGAAUGUCUCUUUUCGUCAGUUGAUUGACUGGGAAAACCAAAUGUCUUCAUUUGCUCCAGAACAAAUUGCUGCAUCUGUUUUACCGCCUUUAUCAAGUUCUUACAUCACUCACUUAUCACCUCGUUCGACAUGCCAAGAAAUACCUAAAUCUUCAACAAUGACUCAUUACACGUCAGGGACUGAACACGAAGAAGGCAGAGUUGGGACCCCAACACCAAACACGCCGCGAUCUGUGUGUGCUAUUUUGAGCAGAACUGCAGUCUCCAGGUCUGAUGCUGCUGACCACCACAUGUCAGUUUGCAAUGGACUGGAGGUCGAAAAUAGUUCUGAAUGCGCUGGUUCUUUAAAUCCACACGACCUAAUGAAUUUCUCCAAACUCCUGGCCUCAUCUGAGGCUGAAGGUGAAGAAGGUGGGCUACGUGAAUAACAACCUUCAGAUUAAUCAAUGUUAACCAUGUUUUAUUUUUACUUCUAUAUUUUGACUAUAAACAGUUUUAUGUUUUUCUGUUUUCUAGGCUUAGGUUAUCUUGAAUACCAUAUACUUAAUUAUUUUUGACUGCUUUUGUUUGUUUGGAUUUCUCUUAUUGAAAUUGAAAUUUUUAGACGGCUGCAACACACGGACAAGCAUUAAUCACUCUUGAUUUAUUAUUUGUUUAUUGGAUUUCGUAUUCUUUUUUCAUUUGGUGGUUAUUAUAGUCUUUGAAUGCUGAUCCACUUAUUUGUUUAUUUUAGUCUUUAUUGUCUUAUAGAUAUUUGUUUUGUUUACUCUUCAUUAGUUUAUAAUUUGUUUCGUCAUUUUGUCGUCAUUUCCACUUAUAUUAAUCUGUUUAACGCGCUGUUAUGGUGUAAGAUUCGAGGACUAUUACACCCAUAUGAGAGAGAAAAUACAUCUAAUAAACAAAUAAUGAAUCAACAGAGAUCAAUGCGUGUCGGUCGUGCAAAUUUGUUAGCGCAUCUAUUUACCAGUGAUUGAAUUCUCUUGAUGGUUAUCAUGUCUCCCUACCUCACUUCAUCUAUUUUAUGCUUCAUCUUUCUCUGUAAACUUGGCCUAUUUUUUCAUUAAAUGAGCAUCAUUUCAUAUAAAUUAACCAUUCCGUUCCUCUAGUUUAUUUUCGCAAAUUGAUUUAGUUAAUUUGUGUGUAACGCCUUACUUGAAGCAAGGUGGACACAGUCGCAUUUGUUUUGUUUUUAUCUUAUGUUACUUAUCUUUAUCGUACUACACAAUUAUUUCGCACUUGUGCCUUUCUUUUUAUAGUCAUUGUGUGUUUUUAUUAUUUCUGGCAAGCAGCAUUACUUUCUAAUCUGAUAGAGUACAAGAUUUUGGAUUUAUUUACUCUAUUGUAUUUCGUUUUCAAUAAUGGAAACAAUUAUGUAUGGUUUUGCUUGUUGGUUUUUUGUAGUCUUUUUUAUUACCAUUUACUUAUAAUGUGUAUCACCUACAUUACUUUGCAUUGUUUUUUAAUUUUCAUUGCAUAAAUUUGUGUGUUGC